AUGGAGGACGAAAGCGGCGACAUAUACUCGCCGGAAAUGGUUGAACCGGUUGUGAUAGCUUACUCGAUCGACGACUGCAUCCUUCCGGCAUUUCAUCCUCCUCCUCCCAUGGGCAGACUCUGGCCCGAGAACAUCAUCAACCACAUCCAUGACAUCAGUACUGCUCUUGUCUAUUUGAUACCCGGUCUGCUGGCUAUCUGUACAGUUGCUUUUGAUACUGUUGACCAUACUAUUCUCUUGAGACUGCUGCAUCUUUCUUUUAAUAUUACUGAUUCUUGUCUAUCUUGGUUUUCUUCUUAUCUCUGUAAUCGUUUUUCUUCUGUUGUUCUCAAUAAUUCUACUUCUAACUCCUCUACUCUUACUUUCGGGGUACCUCAGGGAAACCUAGUGGCCAUAAUCGUCUUGAAGCGUUUGUACACAGGCGUGCUGUCGACCGGCCUCUAUGUGCUUCUCUCGCUUCUGAUCGACAUCAUAGUCGUGUGGUUGCGCUGUGGCAUGGAGUGGAUGCGUCUGGCCACAAACACCAACGUCCGGGAGAUUAUUGUCGCAUCUUCUCUUGUCCUCUGCAAGAUCUACCCCUUCAUAUCGAGCACCCUCCUCCUACUGAGCACCUGGUUGACGGUGAUGAUGGCCGCGGAGACAGCCUGGGUUCACCAGCACCCCCAGCGACUCAUGAGGGUUUGUAAAAUUGGCAGGGCCCGACUCAUGGUCCUGGCUGUUGUCUUUCUGUCGGUGUCGGUAAACUGCCCGAGUUUUUGGACCUAUUCUCUCUACACAUCACCCGUCGUAGUGUACACCCCCGAUGCUAAACAAACAGCAAACGAUGGAGAUUCCAUGGUUUAUGAUGAAAAGUUUGGUGAGGUGGAAAUGGACGAGGUGGUGAGCAGUGAUGUGCAAGGGAGGCCGACCUGCGCUAAUGAAAUUAUGGACGAGAGGCUGCUAGUUGCCGCUGCUGCUUCUCUUCCUCCAAAACAAUCAGAGGAGACGAUAUCAUUUCCAGGAUUGGAUUACAGGAAGACAAUUUUGAUGGUUGUCGAUUUGCUUCUGCUUGAUCUCCUGCCAUAUUUCAUCGUAUUCUCGUCAGCAGUCAUGCUUGUAACAAAAAGAUUGAGAAGGAAGGAUCAGGUGCGCCAGAUCGACAACACUUGGAAGGCCUGCAACAUAGAUUCAGGGGUUGCCCACCAAUUACACUCCACAUUCAUCUGUCUCUGCCUAGCUCAUACCAUUCUCAUGUUCCCGAAACUCGUCUACAAGACCUUCCUUUUGGUGACUGAUCUCCAGGUGACAGGGCUUGUGUCGUAUCCAGUGGAGCACCGGCCGUGUACAAUCGUGGCCAAAACUGUCUGCUACCUCCUGCAUUAUACCUUCAUGUCGUGUAAACUGUUUCUGUUUCUGGGUUCUUCAACGGCUUUCAGAGGUGAGUGUCUGGCACUGAUCACGUGCAACUCUACCUGCGAACCAGUCGUCACUUCCGGUUCCGUUUCAGACGAUCACGUGUCUACAGGGCUCCCGCUUUUGCACAACAACAAUAACAAUACCCAGCAUCAAAACGAGUGCACAGUUCUGGAAACAACGGGACUGACCAACUUGAGCAUGCCAGCAACAACCACCACACAGAUCACUCCGACCACCAACAACGCUCUCUCCCUGACAAGUUCCCUUCGAUCCACCCCAAACAAUUACAUUCCUCACCCUCCUCCACCUUCUUCCAUCCAUCACAGCACUCUUAGUCGCAUGGGGAAGCCCAGUCACGUGACCAUGAACACCAACACCCUACCACUUCAUCGAACCGUCAACUUUUCCACCACAACCACCACCGACCACCUCAGACAACCACCUCCACCAUCCCAGCUAGCAUCGCAGCAGCAACCAUUACGUCACCUUACUGCUGCUAUACCGGAAGUGACGUUUGCAGAUGACGUAAAACCAGAAGAUCCAGUUGCGUCAUCGGCCGCCAUUUUAGAAAAUGGAGCGCCGUGUAUAAAAAUUUUCAGCAUGACAUCGGUGUGAUAAUGAAAUGGACAAACAAACACACAAACAAACAGAAAAACAGACAAACAAACAAACAAGGAUAUUUUUGAAUCAAAAUUAAUCUCAUUUAAAUAUUUUGAUUCCGGCUUCCAAGAUAGUAGGUGUAUAGUGACGUCACGUGAUGUGUUAUUGUCGUUGUCUCGUUAAUAAUUAGUAAGAUUGUAAAGAUAUUUUAUUUAUUUAAUUUGGUUGUUUUUUAACAAGUUUGAUGUUAAUAUUAUCAUUCUUCUUCACCGACCUCAUUCAGUUCUUACUUGCAAUAGUUACUUCUUAUAACUUUAUUUCUAAACCAGUUAGCUGAGCUAUAUCGUCGAAGUUAUCUUCCAAACAUGUGAGCGUUUUCGUUCGUUCGUUCGUUCAUUCGUUCAUUUAUUGAAUCAAUUCAUUCGUUCAUCAAUUUGUUCGUCUUUUUGUAUGUUCAAUUACAAUAAUUCAUUAAUUAAUUAAUUCAU